AUGUCAGUCCGAACGCUGCUGCUAGCUGCUCUCCUUUCCCUGGCGCUAUUGGCGACAGCUGCGGACCCGUUGGCGACAGCUGCGGACCCGUUGGCGACAGCUGCGGACCCGUUGGCGACAGCUGCGGACCCGUUGGCGACACCUGCGGAUUCGUUGGCGACACCUGCAGACCCGUUGGCGACAGCUGCGGACCCGUUAGCGACAGCUGCGGCAGCGGCAAAAACGGCGGGAAUCAUAGGGGAGCUGAAGGCGCUGCGCCAGAAACUUGAGUCAUGCCCACCGUUUUACACCUUUCACUCAACGAUCGAUUGGCAUGAAACGCACAUUUCGUCGUCCCUCGCCUUUUUUUCCAAUCCGCUCCACUCGUCCCUCGCAGAAGCCCUUCCCGCCGCCAUCUACUCGAUCCCUCUUAUUCACAUCACCAUCUUUGAGGCGCCUUUCAAAGUCAUGUUCGCAUAA